CAGAGCAGCAGCCGCUCCUUCUCCUCCUCGGGGAGGACGUAGGCGACGCAGCCGUUGUCCGGCACGUACCCCACCAUCCUGAUCUGCGAAACCAGCCGGCUCAUCUCGCCGUAUAUCUCCGGCGUUUCCGGGUACGGCGGCGACCCGCCGUCGACCUCGAAGACGUGGACGCUCCGCCCGACCUGCGUCCAGCUCCACCCCGGCCUGGCGUCCACCCCUCUCGCCUUCAUGGCGUACUUGAGGCUCUCCGCCUCGUUGAACAUCUGGUGCUUGAAGAGGUGCCUCGCCGCGGACUCCGCGAGGUCCAGGUUGCCGUAGAUGGCGCAGCCGGUGAGGAGCGCGCCCCAGGAGCUCGCUCCGGGGUCGGCCGGCGACCGCUCGAUGAAGGCCAUCGCCUCGUCAGGUACCCGCACCGAGCCAGCAGGUCGACCAUGCAAGCGUGGUGCUCGGCCGUCGGCGCCACGCCGUACUUGGCCUCCAUGUUGUCGAAGUACUCCCAGGCUUCGGUGACCAGGCCCAUGGAUCGGCAUGCGGUGAGCACCGCCGUGAAUGUUACGCCGUCCGGCUUCAGCCCCGACCUCCACAUGUCGUGGAACAGCGCCGCCGCCUCGUGUGCCUGCCCGUGCACGGCCAGCCCGGUGAGCAUCGCGUUGCAGCACCGCAGCGGAGGCCGGGCUCGACGCGGCCACCCGCUUGCUGCGCCCCGUGCUCAGUGGCGUGUUCAGCAUGCCGCUGCUGGCGCACUACAAGGUCGACCCCAAGCGCAACCGGCUGCUCAUGGUGGCCUGCAACACCGAGGACAUGCUCCUCCCGCGCGCCAACUUCACUUUCUACGAGUUCGACGCCGGCUUCAGGCUGGUGCAGAAGAUGGAGUUCGUGCUGCCAGCGCACCUCAUGAUCCACGACUGGGCCUUCACCGACUCCCACUACGUCGUCCUCGGCAACAAGAUCAGGCUCGACAUCCCGGGGUCGAUGCUGGCCAUGACGCGCACGCACCCCAUGAUCGCGGCGCUCGCGCUGGACCCGGGCAGGCGGACCACGCCGGUCUACCUGCUGCCGCGCUCCACGGAGGCCGUGGCCAGCGGCCGCGACUGGACCGUGCCCGUCGAGGCGCCGUCGCAGAUGUGGUCGCUGCACGUCGGCAACACCUUCGAGGAGGACAACGGCCGGGGCGGCCUCGACCUGCACCUGCACAUGUCGGGCUGCUCCUACGAUUGGUUCCAUUUCCACAAGAUGUUUGGUUACAACUGGAAGAACAAGAAGCUGGAGCCUUCCUUCAUGAACGCAGUGAAGACCAAGGAAAUGCUGCCUCUUGUUCUUACGUGAAUAAUUGUGUAGUGCGGGUUCAUUAGUGCUAAGUCUAGGGGGGUAAUUGCAAAAUGUGCUGCGCUGACCGGCUCUGCUGACUAGGCUCCACUUGUCGUCGUCUGAUUGGCUAGGACCAAAUUUGCACAUUGGAUGCAAGUUGUGGGAUGCAAUAGUUUGCUUUUGCAA